ACAGCCAUGUUUCUCUUAAGGUUAUUUCUAAAUUUAUUAGCUGUAUUUCACUCUUGCUCUGAAAAUGAUUUUCUUCAUGCAUACCUUCCUGGGGACAUUAUGAUUGGGGGUCUUAUUCCCAUUCACCAGCAAACCAACAGAACAGAAGACCGUGCUACAAUCACCUGCAAAAAGUUUACUAGUCAAACGUUUCUGCACUCCCAAGUGAUGAUCUACGCCAUCGAAGAAAUAAACCGACGUACACCAAGACUGCUGCCAAACCUCACCCUCGGAUAUGACAUCUAUGAUACUUGUGGAGACGUCAGCUUGGCCAUUAGAGCCGCUCUGCAGCUGCUGAAGAACCAGUCAGACCCUCAGAGGUGUCUCAUACCUGCGUACAUCAAUUCCUCCUUGCCUGAACCCGAGACAAAGGUGGUCAUUGGUGAGAGGUACUCGGAGGUCUCCAUAGCUGUUGCAAGGAUACUAGCUUUACCAUCAGUCACCCAGAUUAGUUAUGCAUCAACCAGUGAGCUGCUCAGCAUGAAAUAUAAGUUCCCCACCUUCCUAAGGACUGUUUCCAGUGACAAAUAUCAGACACAAGCCAUUUUAGAGCUGGUGAAGAAUUUUACAUGGCAAUCAGUGGUAAUCGUGGGAAGUGAUGAUGAAUAUGGGAAGUAUGGUAGUGACAGCCUUGAGAAACACUUUGAGGAGAAUAAUAUCUGUGUGGAUUUUGUAGAGAUUCUACCUGGUAACUUCAAUGAAAACUCUUCAACAGCAAAAGAUCUGAUUGAAAAGAUAACCACGUCCACAGCUGAGGCCAUCAUCAUGUUCACCAAAGAUGCCAAUGUUCGUAUCAUCCUGGAAGCAGUAAUUAAACAAAAUAUCACCAGGAACUGGAUUGCCAGUGACACCUGGUCUACUUCUCCAAAGAUCUCUGAGAUAAAAGGCAUCGAACUGAUCGGUCCAGUUUUUGGAUUCAUCUUUAGUCAGAAUGAGGUUCCUGGUUUCCAAAAUUACGUCCGUUCUCUCUUUAAUGGAACUUCAAAUGCCAUUUUAAGGCAUUACUUGCUUUCCAUAAAUAACUCCAAAGAGGACAUGGAAUGUAACUGCCAGGAAAAGACUUCCAAGCCAAACUGCUUGCACUGCUACAUUGACCACGGUGAAUCCUAUGGCAUCUAUCUGGCCGUCCAGGUUAUUGCUGAGGGCCUCAGAAGCUUACUAAAAUGUGACCAUCAGAGCUGUGAACGGACCAGAUUCACACCUUUUGAGCUUUUCAAAGAAAUCAGCAAUAUCAAACUUACUGUGAACAACACAACUAUCAACUUUGAUGCGAAUGGGGAUCCCAGUUUGGGAUAUGAUAUUAUGCUUUGGAACACCUCAGAGUCCAAAAGAGGUGUGGACAUAAGAAAAGUUGGAGAAUACUGGCCAAAUAAGAACAUUUCCUUUAGUGAAGAUCUAUCACAAUGGAGGAAUUAUGGGAAUGUCUCUGUUUUUAAUUGCUCCAAAAAAUGCCAACCAGGACAAAUCCUGAAAUCAAAGGAACUUGGAGGCUGCUGCCAUGAAUGCAGUGACUGUUCAUCUGAAGAAUAUUCAUUUGGAAAUGGUCAGUGCUGUUUUGAUCUUUAUCUAUGCUUACAGAUUCUGCCAAAAGUUUGGAACCAGAAACACUCUACUAAUUUAUCUUGA